GCCAAAAGAAUAUAAUUGAACUGAACCCAGAAUUAACACCAUUAUAUUCUACUCUCUCUCUACCCAAUUCAAGUCGUUUCAUGCAACGGCUUUAGAGUGUUUAAUUGAAAGCAACCAACAACAUUAGCCUAACUAACCAAUUAACCACCAAAUGGUGAACCAAGGAGGCGACGACGUCGUCCCAAAGCCGUUGAUUUUCGACGCCUCCGUCCUCCAACACGACCCAAACAUCCCCACGCAGUUCAUAUGGCCGGACCACGAGAAGCCCGCCGCCGACGCCGACGCCCCACAACUCGCCGUCCCUCUCAUCGACCUCGCCGGCUUCCUCUCCGGCGACCCCGCCGCCGCCCUCCAAGCCUCUAGACUCGUGGGCGAAGCAUGCAAGAAGCACGGCUUCUUCCUCGUCGCCAACCACGGCGUCGACGCCACCCUCAUUUCCCACGCCCACCGCUACAUGGACCACUUCUUCCAGCUCCCCCUCUCCGACAAGCAAAAAGCUGAGAGAAAAGCCGGCGAGCAUUGCGGCUACGCCAGCAGCUUUACCGGCCGGUUUUCCUCCAAGCUGCCGUGGAAAGAAACCCUCUCUUUCAGCUUCUCCGCCGACAAAACCUCCCACGAUAUAGUCGUCGACUAUUUCCAAACAACAUUGGGUCAAGAUUUCGCCCAUAUCGGGAAGAUUUAUCAAGAGUACUGCAAUGCGAUGAGCAAUCUGUCGCUAGGGAUAAUGGAGCUUCUGGGGAUGAGUCUGGGCGUGAGCGAAAAGCAUUUCAGGGAAUUCUACCAAGAAAACGAGUCGAUAAUGAGACUGAACUAUUACCCGCCGUGCCGGAAACCGGAGCUGACGUUAGGCACCGGCCCCCAUUGCGAUCCCACGUCACUCACCAUCCUCCACCAAGACACCGUCGGUGGGCUGCAAGUGUUUGUGGACAACCAGUGGCGCUCCAUCCCCCCCAAUUUCAACGCCUUUGUCGUCAACAUCGGCGACACUUUCAUGGCACUAUCGAAUGGGAGGUAUAAAAGUUGUUUGCACAGGGCAGUGGUGAACAGCAAGAGUCCCAGGAAAUCACUGGCUUUCUUUCUGUGCCCAAAGAAGGAUAAGGUGGUGAGGCCACCAAACGAACUGGUGGACUCCAGCAAUCCAAGAGUAUAUCCAGAUUUCACUUGGCCCACCCUUCUUGAAUUCACCCAAAAGCAUUAUAGAGCAGACAUGAACACCCUGCAAUCCUUCUCCACUUGGCUAGCUUCAACUCAUCCCAACAAAACUAUAUAAUAUUCAAUUCAUUGAUUGAUUGAAGAUGAUGAUGAAUUGAAGAAGAAGAAGAAGAGCCGAUAUACUAUUAUAUAUAUGCAUGCUACUACUAGCUAUCCGAUCCCUACAAUUCCAUGAAGAUAUAAAUAUGUGAAUCAGUGCCCUUAGCUUUCCGAUCUCUCGUGGCGCCGGAAAAUGAUGAUGACGAAAGGAAAAUAUAUAAUUAAGGGCGUUUCUCAUUUCAAAACUUGUACUGUGGAACCGAAAUAUAGAGGGAAAAUUUUUAUAUAUAUAAUAUAUGCAAUGUCUCU